AUGCCGAGGGGCUCCGGGGCGUAGCUGCGCGCCCGGCGCCGCCUCCGGGCUCCUCCGGCCCCGCCAUGGGCUGCUGCAGCUCCGCCUCCGCCGCGCAGAGCUCCAAACGAGAAUGGAAGCCAUUGGAGGACCGUAGCUGCACAGACAUACCAUGGCUGCUGCUCUUUGUCCUCUUCUGCAUUGGGAUGGGAUUUAUUUGUGGCUUUUCAGUAGCAACAGGUGCAGCAGCCAGACUAGUGUCAGGAUACGACAGCUAUGGAAAUAUCUGUGGGCAGAGAAAUGCAAAGCUGGAAGCAAUACCAAACAGUGGCCUGGACCACACCCACCGGAAGUAUGUGUUCUUUUUGGAUCCAUGCAAUCUGGACUUGAUAAACAGGAAGAUCAAGUCUAUAGCACUGUGUGUAGCAGCAUGUCCAAGACAAGAGUUGAGAACCUUGAGUGACGUCCAGAAGUUUGCAGAGAUCAAUGGCUCCGCACUGUGCGACUACAAUAUAAAGCCUUCUGAAUACACUUUGUCUUCAAAGUCUGAGCGUUGCCCCAAACUCCCAGUCCCAGCCAGUGCACCUAUUCCAUUCUUCCAUCGCUGUGCUCCUGUGAACAUUUCCUGCUAUGCCAAGUUUGCAGAGGUCCUGAUCACCUUUGUCAGUGACAAUAGUGUCUUACACAGGCUGAUUAGUGGAGUAAUGACCAGCAAAGAAAUUAUAUUGGGACUUUGCUUGUUAUCACUAGUUCUGUCCAUGAUUUUGAUGGUGAUUAUCAGGUAUAUAUCGAGAGUGCUUGUGUGGAUCUUAACAAUUCUGGUCAUACUGGGUUCACUUGGUGGCACAGGUGUGCUAUGGUGGCUAUAUGCAAAGCAGAGAAGGUCCCUCAAAGAAAGUGUUAUUCCUGAACAGCAUCAGAUAGCUGAAAACAAUCUGCGGGCCCUCCUCAUCUAUGCCAUUUCAGCUACAGUGUUCACUGUCAUUUUGUUCCUGAUAAUGCUGGUCAUGCGCAAACGUGUCGCGCUCACCAUCGCCUUGUUCCACGUGGCUGGCAAGGUCUUCAUACACUUGCCACUGCUAGUCUUCCAGCCCUUCUGGACCUUUUUUGCUCUUGUCUUAUUUUGGGCAUACUGGAUAAUGACACUUCUUUUCCUUGGCACUACCGGCAGCGCUACUCUGAACGAAGAAGGUUUUGUGGAGUACAAAAUUUCUGGGCCUUUGCAGUACAUGCGGUGGUACCAUGUGGUUGGCCUGAUUUGGAUCAGUGAAUUCAUUCUUGCAUGUCAGCAGAUGACUGUGGCGGGAGCUGUGGUAACAUACUAUUUUACUAGGGAUAAAAGGAAUUUGCCAUUCACACCUAUUCUGGCAUCAGUGAACCGCCUUAUUCGUUACCACCUUGGUACUGUGGCAAAAGGAUCCUUCAUUAUCACCCUAGUCAAAAUCCCGAGGAUGAUCCUAAUGUAUAUCCACAGUCAGCUCAAAGGAAAGGAAAAUGCUUGUGCACGAUGUAUGCUGAAAUCCUGCAUUUGCUGCCUUUGGUGUCUUGAAAAGUGCCUCAAUUACUUAAAUCAGAAUGCAUACACAGCCACAGCUAUCAAUAGCACCAACUUCUGCACCUCAGCAAAGGACGCCUUUGUCAUUCUAGUGGAGAAUGCUUUGCGAGUGGCUACCAUCAACACGGUGGGGGACUUCAUGUUAUUCCUAGGCAAGGUGCUGAUAGUCUGCAGCACGGGUUUGGCUGGGAUUAUGCUGCUCAACUACCAGCAAGAUUACACAGUAUGGGUGCCACCUCUGAUCAUCGUCUGCCUCUUUGCUUUCCUAGUCGCUCAUUGCUUCCUGUCCAUUUACGAAAUGGUAGUGGAUGUAUUGUUCUUGUGUUUUGCCAUUGAUACAAAAUACAAUGAUGGGAGCCCUGGCCGGGAAUUCUAUAUGGAUAAAGUGCUGAUGGAAUUUGUGGAAAACAGUAGGAAAGCGAUGAAAGAAGCCGGUAAGGGAGGCGUCGCGGAUGCCAGAGAACUAAAGCCGAUGGCUUCGGGAGCAAGUUCUGCUUGAACAUAGCCGGCGGUUAUGGACCCCAUUGACAUUCCAAAACAAUAUAUACACAUAACUAUGUAUUUGUGUGUGUGGGUGUGUGUAUAUAUGUAUAUGUAUGUGUGUAUAUAUAUGUAUAUGUAUAUACACACACACACAUAAUCAGCCAAAAUCAGAGAAAAGGAACAGGGAUUUAAUACCUUUUUUAUGCUUAUUUUUGUCAAACAUGUACUCCUUUCAUACGGGUGGCUUUUACAAGGCAACUUCCGUCGUUUAAUGUUUUCAAUUGUAAUUGUCUUAAUGGAAAUGUUAGAUUCAUAUCUGAUUAACAUUUUUAAUAACUAGAGGAAAUUUUAACUUUAGUUACUUAACCUAGGUAAAAUUAUUGUACCAAAUUCUUGUGUAAGUUUUUGCAGGGAUGAUUUCCCUGGUGUACGUUUCAAAUCAGCAUCUUAUUUUACUGAUGCCUAAGUCCUAGUACGUCAGACUAGGCGUGUGCAUUCAGACAAAUAGGAGAUUUCUCCAAUCUGUUUCCCCCAAUCAAACAAGCCAUGUCAUUUUACUUUCAGAAGCAUAUGAGUGGGGCCAUUAUGGGGAAUUUCAUAAUAGCUCAUGCAUUUGUCAGCUGACAUUCAAAAGUAACCAACUCCUCAGGUAUUUGUAGUUUACCCUAAUGCUUCUAUAGAAGAAGGUAGGAGACCUAGAGAAAGAAAGGGGUAGAUAAUCUUUAUUAUGCAAACUUUUUUCCUGUAUUUUGUCUCUUUCCUUUUUGACUUCUAGUAGCAUCCACCACACAUCCGUAUGCCUGAUUUUAAAGGAAGCUGGGGCACCCAGCCCGUUUAGCCUUUCCAUUUCUGUGUAUUGAUUUUCAGCUUAGGUGAUUCUAGAAGGCGUAAGAGAGAGAAACACAAAGCAUGAAGCAUUGGGAAUUCCAGUGCUUUUGCUCUUGUUUCAGAGACAAGUCAGGAGCUUAGGGUUCAACGGCCAUCUGUUCAAAUGCUCGCUAUCAAAUCUGAACACACUGGCAGGUGCUCCCCUCCUUGGUCAUCCAUUUUGAAUAUCCAGAGUUCUACAAUGUUUAACUGAAGAAUUGGUUAGUGUUAAUCUUCAAGUGUGAAUGUUCUUCAUGUUUGGGGGUACGUUUGGGGUUUUUUUGUUUUGCUGGGUUUUUUUUAAUUCCUAAAGCUUACCAGAUAUGAAUGGCUAAUAUUCCAUUGUUCUGCUUAUUGUAAUGGUGAAUGCUUUAAGAAAAAAAGUGUAAUUUGCUAAGAAUAAUUCAUGAUCUGUUUAUGCGAUAACUCCUUUUUGUUACAAUUUUUUUAAAAAAAAGCUAUUUUUGUUAAUGUAAAGUAAAUAUUUCAGAGCAAAUUUUUUAAACUUAUUGCACUAAAUACAGGCUCUGUAAAAAAAAA